CCCAAGUGGGGUAUUAGAAUGUGCACGAAAAAAAUGAAAAUAUACAAAGAAUUGAAAGCAAAAAAAAACAUGAAUAGGGUGAAAUCGAAACGACUUAUUUACGAUCAGAGUGUUGCAGGCAAAUGGUUAAUCGUCUAGGAUAAUGAGACUACAUCAGGUUCUGACUGGCGCUGCGAAUACAAGCGAAAAUAACGCGUCUGUAGCAUAUGGAUGUGUAGAAGACCACCCAUUUAUUGUGAGUAAAUGUCGUGUUUAUUUGAGACUUUGCCCGUUUUCAUGCAAUCGGUUGUCUUUGGGAUUUAUUUGAGGUUUUAAAUGGCUAGUUAAGAUAGUGAUUUGCCCUGAUUUUUUCAUAAAUCUAGGUAAUUGAAGUUAAUUUGUUAUAAAGUCAAUGUACAUUUGGUCUGUAGCCAAGCAUGACCUUUGAUGAUCGUCAUAUUAUUAUAAUAUUUUCCGAUCACAUGAUAAUAAAGGGGUUGUUAGAUUCCUAUAAUAGUUUAUUCAUCUUGGUUUUCUAAUUAUAAUUUCACACAAUCCAUGUGUGGAGAUUCCAAAUAGACCAACACAGAAGAACUCUUACUGGAUGUCUAGGAAGAACAGUUUAGAACUAAUAGAGCUAUAUCUAGUAUUUAAAUUUAGUUUAUAAAUCUAAUUGACCCCGGAAGUGCUUACAUCACACAAUUUUCAAUCCAUCCCUGACUGGAAAGUUUGGAAAUUGUGCGGUCGAGAAUUCGAAAAUUUAAUAGUAUAAAUAUAUAGAAGGCAUCAAAAUUGCGCGCCUGAUAUCUCGGCCGCCUAUUACAAACUUUCCAUAGUGGAAUCCGUCUAAACAUUAGGUAUAUGCAAAGCAAUGUGGGAUGCAUGUGGGUAAAAUAUUCACUGUUUGACCAUGACAUAUGGACUUUCUAAGGUCAAUUGGGUAAUGUACAUCUGUGUACAAUUGUAUAUCCUGGUUUCCAGAUCUCUACCAGUUCUAGUUAGGAUCUUGGUAACUGGAUGGAUAACUCGUAAAAAAUAUAUUUCCCUAAAUGUUCCUGUACAUCCAUUCAGGUCUAUAGUUCGGGCUGUGAUGUUGUCAUCUUGGACAGUAAAUUUGAACGGGUUCAGAUCGUCACUAGACAAUGUGCUACAAGCAACCAUGUUGGCCUGAUAUCUUGCUCAGAAACUGAUGGAAAAGUAAGAGGAUUGAAAUAACCAGAUCUGUUGGAUAGACAUCCUUUUAGGUUUAACCCAUUAAGUUACAGGGCUUUCUCAUUGAUGAGUAAAAUUGUCUGGCGUUAGACAAGUAAAAAAUAAGUAGGGCAAACUGGUGCACAUUGCGGCUCAAUGGGUUAAUGUUGCUAGCAGUUUCACUUGCCCAUAUCAAAGAAUCUAGACAAUGUCAAAAGUAACUUUUCAAAGUUGUAACUGUACCAUUAUACAGACACUUACAGUGAUAAAAAUUCACACUUUGUGGCAUGUGUAUGCCAGGGGUGGAUCUACCACCUGCCCCCCAUAGUGGUGUCCAGCACCCCCCUUGAAGAAAACUCUCGGUUAUGAAUACUACUUAUUAUAUUGAAACAAUUUACAAUUGAUUUUUGAAUACACAAGAAAAUAUUCGGCACCAAUACGGUGGGUCACCAUAUUACAUAGCACUUUUCUUAAUUUUUGCCCUCAAUACAAGUACUGUGAGGACAAAUUUAACGAAUAAUUCUAGUGCUCAGAAUGUAGGAAAUGGCAUUUCAGGUUUUCAAAUUUCAAAAAUUUUCUGAGUGAGAAUGCCCCCGGACCCCCAUAGUAUUGCAACUCCUUCUGGAAAACCUCCACCCCCUCUAACAUAUCAGGCCAGAUCCCCCCCUGGUGUACGCCCUCAGAAUUGAGGCGAUACGACAAAAAAGGUGGAAAAAUUACUAAUGCAUGAUAUAUGCCCAUUGCCACCAAAUUCACUAAGUAACAUAUACAUAUACAGGCUGAAUUUACAUAAAUACUUGGCUACCUUAUAUAUAUGCUUACACUAUCCGUACAGUGGUUGUGUUAAUAGGCAACACGGUAAAAGUAGGGUGGCUUAAUGGGACUUAAUACAUUUUAGAUCGCAGUUGCUUAUGGGAAGAAGAUCAGAGUUUUUGGUCCAAAAACAACGGAUGCAAGUUCUCAAAACAAAGUAAGUAAAGCUUGACAAAUUAUUACAUAAAUACGUAAUACUUGACAAGCAAAGCUAUAAUUAAUUAAAUACAAUAAUUAUUAGUUGAAAAUAUAUUGAAUAGUAUGUCAUUAUUCAAUAAAUUCUGCCUAGUUGGAUACAGGGCAUGUUCAUGGCAACUGGCACGGUUGUUUACACUCCUGAAACAUCUCAGCCAAUCUACCAGUAAUGCCUAGAAUAUCCAAUGCUUGAUUAUAAUGAGAUUUAUUUGUUUUGCUAGUCUUUGCCAUUUCAAUGGUCCUUGGUGUCUGAGAUAACAACAAGCUACACCUUGAACUGUCUGUCGUGGGAUAGAGAUGGUUUGUAUAUUGUUUGUGUUUGGCAUAUGAUGAUAAACUGUUGACAUUUAUACGAGCAAGAAAACUGAUUAAACUACAUCACUCAAUUCUUAGUAUACAAUACAAGACUACUACAUGUAUAAUGAAAAAAUUAACAUGAUUUUCUCACUCUGAUAACUACAGGUAGACCACCAUCAGCUGUACGAUAGUGCUUAGUGAAAUUGACUAAUCUGAAGUCUGAACAGCAUUUCUUUGAAUAAAUAACUCUUUGUUUUCUUCAGGAAGGCGACUUCUUACCGGGGGUGACCUUAUUGAAUUAUGGAUAGAAUCUGACCAGAGUACGUUUCGACAAGUUUUUUGGAAGAGCGUGUGGAAAUGCGAAACACCUACUCCAGUCUAUUAUAUUGAGUUCUCAUCUGAUGGAGCGUAUUUUGCAUCAUUUGGCAAGGUUUGUGUGUCUAAAUUGUGUGAUUUAAGUUUACUUGGGUGCGAUGAUUUAAGAUUUUUAGUCGUAUCUGACUGGUACGCCAAUAGUUGUUGCCGCGUACUUGCGCUAGUACAAAUUCAGUAUUCAAUGUGUACUUAGUCUUUAAAAAUAAGGUCAUAUAAAAGUGCAAGUUUCUGAAACGUAUGUUCAGACUACCAGGUAGAAAAAGAAGCACAAUAUUAUUGCAAUAUACAAACAAUCAACGUUUCUUCGUGCCAUCAGUCCAUUCAUGUUUCAUGCCAAGACGUCUCAGACACAUGAUAUACCAACUAAAUUACGAUAUGGCAAGGUCAUAUGUUGUACCAGCAAAAAGUUACGUGGAGCUUUGUGAUGUUAUUGUCGCUACCUAUGCCGACACAGACCAUUCUACUUUUAACUAGUAUUUCACUCUGUCCAUUGCGGAAGAUUUUGCUCAUCACUCAUCAGGGAAAGUAUUCUUCUUUGAUGGGUUAAUAUGUGGAUUUUGUUUCUAGAAUGACUGCCUGGUGAAAGUAUGGUUUGAAGUUGACAAAGGUGUGUGUCUCAGUUUGUAAAGUUUCAGUGUAAUGUACAACAAAACCCAAACUAAGAUUCAAAUUCUUAUUUUCUCUCUUACACGUCAGGUGAUGCAUCAAAUAACGAGGAGGAGACGCCUUAUUAUGAUUUCUUGUAUAUCCCGCAUCCACGUCCCGUCACUGGAAUGUCGUGGCGAAAGACAAGUCCCUUUAUGCCUCGGUAACUUUGCUUUUGAAUUGUGUAUUUUUAACUCUACUAGCCUGAUUUUCACUCUACUAGCCUGUGAUUCCGGUGCAGCGCUCUAACCAACUGAGCUAAAGGGGCCGGUUGUUCAAAGCUGGAUUAGCGCUAACCCUGGGUUAAAAUUUAAUCUGCUGUCUUAGUUUAUGUAUUUCUGCACGUCUGUUUAUUUCAAAACGUCAGAAGAAGAAAACUCCUGCUGAUUCAGACAAGAUCUCCGAAUAAAUUUAUAUACAAGCUGUUAAAUUUAUAUACAAGCUAGAAGUUUGCUUUGGAUUUUGGUUAAAGAGUUCUAACCACAAGUUCUUAUUUAUAUAUACAGUAUAUAGUAAGUGAUGCCAGUAUAUCGAGAUUUUUGGGCAUUUCUAUCAAGCGAGAUACAUACCAUAUCUUAUACUAGCGUCACUCACAGUAUUAUAUAAGACAACUGGAGUCUAUUGCUCAGUUGGGCUGACGUCGAAAUUGUAAUUGUUGGUUAUAUUUGUUUAGAAAUUGCGUUGCAAACGUGCUGUUAACUUCGUGCGUGGAUAACGUUUGCCGUAUCUGGUGUGAGACGUUGGAGCAGAAAUCAAAUCACGAUUCACCGGACGACCUGAGUCCAACUCACUGCGAACGACAUCGGUUCAUCCCGAAAUCAAAGUACAUCACGCACGAUGUUUCCACUUACGAUUCUGACGACUUCCAAACCAACCAUCAUUUUCACAUAGCUGCCAGUAUCGACCCAACGAAAGAUAUUCCAGUGAUGUCGACAGUAACUUAUUUCACCGCUACGGAAAAUCAUAGUUCCUUUGUGCUACAUUGGGUGAACAAUAAAGAAAUGUAUAUGACAUCUAUAGCAAACUUGUUGUUAGGAUCUCCUAGUGUGACUGUCGAAGUUGAAAGUGCUGGGAGUGAAUUGUCUGUUGGAAGUGGAAACAUGAUGGAUAGUCCGUAUGUUAAUCUGACGGGAGAUGAGGACGUCGGGGAGACUGGCCAGGCUGAUAAGAACGAAGGUAAUGUGUAUUGUAUAUGAUGUAAGGUAUCUAUCAUACACGAGAAAUAGCACGGUAGCACAGAAUAGAGAGAAACAGAAGAUCAUACUAUUCUGACACUGCAAUCGACCAACGAAAAAUCCGUUGGCUCGAGCGGGAUUUGAACUCGCAUCUUCGGGUAUCUAGACCGCCGCUCUACCCAUUGAGCUAUCGAGUCAACGACGCGACAAGCGUUAAGUCGUCACGAAAAUAUUGCGUGCACUUAAAUUAGAUAAGACUCGCUACCAAUCCCCGUUGACUCGAUAGCUCAAUGGGUAGAGCGACGGUCUAUGUAGAUGAUUUUGGCGUAACCGUCAUCAAAAUGCUGACGCCAUGGUUAUGUGAGGCAUUCAUACCCCUAAUAAUAUUCAAAAUAGCGGACGUCCAGGGGGGUGAACGCCUCUCAUAAGCGCACUGGCUAGGACCAUGGCGUCAGCAUUUUGAUGACGAAUCAUGCCGUGGCAGCGGUUAUGCUUUUUUGGCUGAGUCGACCUAUUAAUUUAACAGUAUUAGAGAGAGUCUUAAUUUAACACAUUUUCGUGUUUUAGGAAAUUCUACAAGCGUCCAGAUGGCAUCUUUUCCUCCAAAUGAAGACGUUUAUCUAAAAGAUGACCCUGAAUUUCACAAUGACAACUUAUUAUCCCAAUUCAGUUCACUUCUCCGUGACUGGCAAAGCACUCCAGACUCGCUGCUUGCGAUCAACCCUGCGGAUGGUUCACUUCUUAUGUUUCUAGUCGAAUCAUUGGAUUCCGCCCUGGGCGCCGACUUUAAACAAAGUCAAAUCAGCUUCUCGUCAUGUAUACCUGACGUGUUCCCGUCUGCAGACGCGCAUUCAUUACUUCAGAACCUCGUCCUCUACCGCUUACCUGGAAAGCUAAACAUGCAAACGAGUAACCCUACUGACCACUCUGGUAUAUAUACACAUGGCCGUUCAACCAAGACUUCAAUUUUAGGACAAGCUUCGCCAAGUCUGUCCCUAGUGUCAGUUGAAACCGGUGCACACCCCCCUGUUGCAAUGAUAACAACACACAAGGAUGGCUCUAUGAAUCAGUGGCAAGUUGACUUCGCAGAUAAUACCGCUUUCUCGACACUCAUCUCCUUGUCGCAUCUAACCCGGCUCUCUGGUCACCGUUUCCCAUUAACAGGCAUGUUCCCGCAUCCUUCGCUGCCAUUAUUGUUGUCAGUGUCAACUUUUACAGCUAAAAGUGAAAAGAUUGCAGAGUAUGGGGGCUCGGAGGGUAAUGCUGGGGGAUGCAGGGAUCAGCAAAUACUUGGAGAUGGUAAGGACGAUGAGAAACAUGGUACACAGGAACUUGGAGAUUGUUGUCAGUUUCAAAACAGUCCGGAAUCCAAUGAACACGCUGAUAACUCAACGUCAAAUGGAUUUACAUUCAGUGAACUAAUUCUCUGGCAGUGCGAUAGUGUGUUUCCACUUUCUCAAACGGGAGGAAUUAUGGAACUGGCUAAAUUAACAUCCACAACUCAAGACGCUUUCGACAAGAUUGCCUGGCUGCCCAAGCUCUUCAUUCACCCUCUUCUUACGUUUGAUAGCUCAGUUGCUCUUUCCCCCAAGUCAGUCUCCCCUUGUGCAUGUUUCAUCGCCUCGGACGAUACUGGACUACGGUUCUACCAAGUAGUUUUGGACGGGCGAGCUUUGCUUGAUUUCCUGUCUGGAAAACAAAACUACAGAAGACGACCUGAGCGAUUUAAUAGCUUCAAUAGUGAGGAUGGGGAGGGAUAUACUACUAGUUACCCCGCUGUAUCCACCGUUAACCAUUUGUUACAUUGUAUUGUCAGCGACCAAUCAGGACCGAAGCCUGGAAGUGUAUUGAAACUAUGCCGACUCAAGAGUUCAAGAGAUGUACUCAGAAAUCCACUCUUUCUCCACGUAUUUUCAGAGCAUGCUAUUGCUGAGGGUUGUUCACCCGGUGGGACAAAGUGCCCCCAUGAUGAUCUAUUUGAAGAUAUUUUUUAUCUACUGGCAUUAGAGAAUACCCAACCCCCCGGUGAUAAUAGGACAAGAUCAGCCUCCCAGGGGGGUGAGACACGGACAAUGAUUCAUAUGUGGAGAAUUGAGAUUACAACGAGUAACAAAGACGAUAGUGGGUCGACGAGUGAGUCGCCUUUUAGCCCGCAAGAUCCUGCGCCCGCAACUUCGUUUUCAGACCUCCAAGAGAACCUUAAAUGCGGGAUCAGAUCACGUAAAGUGUUGACGACAUACCUCGAUCUCCCCGAUGGCGUGUAUGUUACUAUGGCAACGGCAUCUGCAAACACUUUAUCAGCGGUAUCUGAAAAUCGCGUAUGCUCAAUGCCGUUCUUGAUAUCUACGACUUGUUCCGACGCUGUUUUACGAUUCUGGUCGUGUGAUGUUCGAGAUUUGUCGGAAAGCAGUUCAGAGUGGACUUACUCUUGGACCGAGUGUAGCAUUAGGAGGCCUGGGACUAGCAUAGAGAAUCCUGACACGCUCGCGGGUAUUGAUGGGAUACCUAUAUCCAUGGACUGUGCCAAUACUGGCAGAAUUGCUGUAGUUGUACGUAAAGGUAACUACAUUGCGAUAGAAUUGUUUUGUCUUUCAAAAUAAACCAAGUGACUGGCUAUUGAAACUUCGUACUAAAACUAACUUUAUUUAUACUGGAUAGCUCUAUCAGUUCUAAACUGUUCUCUUUAGAGGUCCAGUAAAGAUCAUCUCUUAUUGAUCCAGUGUUACUACAGGAGGAAACCUAAACUAAACUAACUUUAUUUAUACUGGAUAGCUCUAUCAGUUCUAAACUGUUCUUCCUAGAGGUCCAGUAAGGAUUAUCUCUUAUUGAUCCAGUGUUACUACAGGAGGAAAUCUAAACUAAACUGACUUUAUUUAUACUGGAUAGCUCUAUCAGUUCUAAACUGUUCUCCUUAUAGACGAGUUGUAUGAACAAUAAUAGUUUACUUUUUUUAAGAUGUUCUCGAGAAAACUGAAGACCAAUCACAGCACAACUACAGCGUCGUUGUUUGGGAAAGCGAGUCAAGUGGAAACAUGGAAUGGGUCGUGGAAGAUUCAUUUGGAAUCGAAGAAGACUUCAAGGGUUCCGAAUCCACGCAACACGCAUGCGCUCGAUGGUUCUCGUGUGAAAAUGGCCUUUUUGUAUUGGUGGUCGGCAUUGGCAGUUUGAUACAUCUAUACAGUCUGGUUGAGACUCCAAUGGGAGAGCAAGGUUUUAAAGAAGGGUCUAUGGGCCAUCGCUAUAAAAAGAUCACCUCAGUUGAGACUCGAAGUUGUGCUACACCCAGUGAGCUAGGUAAGUGUUAUACUGGGUAGCUCUAUCAGUUCUCCAUUAUUGAUCCGGUGUUACUACAGGAGGAAACCUAAACUAAACUAACGUUAUUCAUACUGGAUAGCUCUAUCAGUUUUAAACUGUUCCCUGUAGAGGUCCAGUAAGCGUCAUCUCUUACUGAUCCAGUGUUACUACACGAGAAUCUUGAAAAAAUCUGCGAUAUUUAAUACAGUCAAAGCAGCACUAACCACUCGUAUAUUCCGUUAAGGGAUCUUUAUUUCCUUUGUCCGUCGCGGUUUGCUCGUUGUGGGGAUUGGGUACGAGGUCCAUGUUUACUCUCAGUGGAAGGAUGAGAAGACCACUGACAAGGAUGUCGUACCUUCCGAUGCUCUCCGAAGUCCAGGACUGUUUAACGAGGUUCUCCGACGCAAUCCGACGUUACCGCAGUACCAUCCGAAGUAUCUGAUGGAGUUACUGGACUUUGGGAAACUGAGAAGAGUUCGCGCGAUCUUGAAUCAUUUGGUAAGUGCUCAGUGGAAUGAUUCCUUCUGCAAAACUCUUAUAUCGAGUGAUAUGCCCGAAAUCCUGAUCUUUUUACCAUGAAUUUAAAGCCUGAACUUAAGCACUGAACUUAAGCACUGAACUUAAAAGUCUGACAACGCUUUACUGUAGCAAUGUCUAGUUUUAAAUACGCGAAGUAACUGCAACUAUGUUGUUAGUUUUUCUAAAUUUUAUAUUUUCCCAUAUUUUGUCUUCAGGUUCGUUGCGUUGCGGGCGAGGAGGCGAUACAAGCUGCGGUGUACCAUAACGACGAUACCUCGCGUAACAGAACAAGAAGUGUCAUCAGUACAUUAAGUCGAACAACAUCUCUUUCCACCACUCCAGUUGAUACUCCGGCCAGAGCUGGAGAGACGAGUCAUCAUUCGUGUGUUGAUUGUAUCCCUCCCAUACCAAUCUUUGAUUUACUGGCUGCAGAUAAUGAUGAUAGUGGGAACAGCCAUAGAGGUAUGAACUAACUAACUUUACUAACUAGCUUUAUACUGGGUAGCUUUAUGAGCCCGGUGUUAUUAUGCAGAAGGAGACCUAAACUAACUUUAUUUAUACUAGAUAGCUCAAUUCUAAACAGUUCUUACUAGAGGUCCAGUAAGGCCGAUCAUUUAUUGAUCCAGUGUUGCUACCGGAGGAAACCUAAACUAAACUAACUUUAUUUAUACUAGAUAGCUCUUUCAAUUCUAAACUUUUCUUCCUAGAUGUCCAGUAGGGAUCAUCGAUUAUUGAUCCUACAGUAACCUAAACUAACUUUAUUUAUACUGGAUAGCUCUAUUACUUUUAAACUGUUCUCUAUGGAGGUCCAGUAAGGAUCAUUCAUUAUUGCUCCAAUGUUACUACAGGAGGCAAUUGGAAUACGCGAAGAAAACUUCAAACGUCAAAGAUAAUGGGGCUGGUUGUCAUAAUUAUUAUUUUUUAACUUUUUUCUUAGAUGGUGUAAACACGGAUACAAAUGCUACCAAGGAACAACCAGAGGAAAAUGACUACAGUGAAUUGUUCAGUACUUCGUUGAAGAAUAGUUUUGAGUCUGAGAUUUCAGACCAUUUUCCAAUAAUUCACAGUUCCAGAGCGCCCAUGAGUCCUGUCCAUUUUGGUCUAGCACAAGCCGGGUUACUCUCAGAACACCUGAGUAAGAAACAGUUGCCAGGUUUGACAAGGACUGAGCAGCUGGAACUACAAGCGUUGGCUGAUACUCUCGCUACAACUAAAAAUGACCUCGAGGAAAGCACAUCGGAGAUUGAUAGAGGAUUAAAGUUUGCAAGAAAAUCUGACUUAGGUAGGUCUAAUAUGAAAUAUAUGGCACACAAGGAGAAUAUGUUAAUUAUAUAGAGAAUAAUACAUGGGUGCGCGGCAAUACCAGAUUUAUUUCGAGUGUUGAACAUGAUAUCUCGAGAGUGAGCGCAGCGAACGAGUACUUCAAAGUGAGUAUUCCAAGCAUCGGAAACUGGGAAACGCACCGGAAAUUGAUACCUUUUUCCAGAAAGCGGUAUCAAUUUCCCGUCCGUAAUACAAAAUGACUGAAAAACGGCAAACUUUACAGGGCUAUAUUAUCCGCAUUUUACAACAUUUAGCAACGAAACCUCGGAAUAUUAAUAAUUUUGUGAUGCUCUUUCAAGCUGUGAUGAAAUGUUUGUCUAGACUUGUCUAGAUCAAAAUUUUGUUCAUUAGGUUAAAGGUCCAUUGAUUAUGAAAAAUUUUUAUUUUGUGUUUGUAGCGAAAGAUGGAGUGACAGGCUUCAUGGGGGGACCAAGUGGGGGUGGUGGUGGUUAUGCUACUACAGGAAGUAUAGGAGCAACAGAGGGUAGUGGGGGUGAUGCUGUUGAUGAAUGUGGAUUAAGAUUCCUGUUAGCCAUGAGACAUCAUACUUGUCUGCUGAGAUCCCUACCACUCGUACCCAGGAGCCAGUUGGAGCGCAAGGUUUGUACGAUGUUAGCCAGUAAAACCGUCUGGCGUUAGAACUGAUAGAGCUAUCCAGUAUAAAUAAAGUUAGUUUAGUUCAGGUUUCCUUCUGUAUUAACACUGGGUCAAUAAGAGAUGAUCCUUACUGGACCUCUAGGAAGAACAGUUUAGAACUGAUAGAACUAUCCAGUAUAAAUAAAGUUAGUUUAGUUUAGGUUCCCUCAUGUAGUAAAAGUUAGUUUAUGUGAUUAUUUUAGGAAAACUUGUUUAAUUUAUCUAGGGUCUUUCGUCCUCGAAAUUCGUCUGGGCAUUUCAUUCCGAAACUCAAGAGGAGCUGCUCGCAAUGCUUCCUGGGAUGAUCUGGGGGGAGCCAUCAUGGAAGGAGUUGAGACAAUAUGGCGUUGGCUGGUGGAUUCAAAGUAACGAGACAUUGAGAAGACUGGUUGAGAAGGUUUGUAAAACAACCUAAACGGAUAGUAUAAGCAUAGAAUGAAACAUUAGGGUAGCCAACCAUUUAAAUUAUAUAUGUGAGUGAGAUAACUCACAUGCCUAGUUACCACUGUUCUGAUAAUGUAAGCAUAGAAUGAAACAAAGAUAAUCAAGCAUUGAAAUUAUAUAUGUGAGUGAAUUGGGUGGGAUAACUCACAUGUCUAGUUACCACUGUUCUGAUAAUGUAAGCAUAGAAUGAAACAAAGGUAACCAAACUUAACCUUUAUCUUAAGGUGGCUAAGACGCAGUUCAAUGCAAAGCAAGAUCCAAUGGAUUGUUCUCUCUUCUACAUGGCAAUGAGAAAGAAAACUGUCCUCCGAGGUUUAUUCAGGUAAAAUUUACGGAUUUAAAAAAAAACUUUGACAGUUUUCUACGCAAGAGAACCUAGAAGAAUUUUGUGUUUGAUAUAAAUUUCUUCGUUUUUACUCUUGUACUACUGCGCAGAAUCAGUCAGCGUUGGGUAGGCAAAUACAGUACAUCUAAUGAAAAGAAUUAAGAUAAUUUGGUAACCACAGGUUGAGCACCAUUGCUGCACGACAGUGCUUGGUGAAACCAUGCACAGUUAAAACUGGUUUUAUUUAUGGCAAAACCUACCCAUUUAACCAAAUGCAUUCUCUUCCCCAGGACCCAAGGUGACACGCGGAUGGCGACGUUUUUCGGGAACAAUUUUGCAGAAGAAAGAUGGCGGAAGGCGGCAUUAAAGAACGCUUACUCCUUGUUAAGCAAACAACGUUUUGAACAUGCUGUAGCAUUCUUUCUUCUCGCUGAUGCAUUGUGGGAUGCAAUACGACUAUGUAUCAGUCGUCUGAAAGACGUGCAACUGGCUUUAGUCAUUGCAAGGCUGUAUGACCUCAAUGCUGAGAAUUCCACUUAUAAAAAAGUUCUCAUUGAGUAUGUCUUGGGUCAUGAUGAGCGCAGCUGUGAGGCUAAAAAGGGUAAGAUUUAGCCUGCGAGCAGGCGUGUUUGCAUGAGGGCUUGCACACUUCUGUGUGGAAAGAUCACGUGAUGUAGCCCAAGGAUGUAUAUUACAUCUACAUGAUCUAAACAUACUUAUCUCAUCAGUGAGUUCUGUACUACAUGAGAUCACUUUAAGGUAGCUCACAUUCAAGAACAUGUACCACCUCCGUGUGAUCUAACCAUGCUUAACUCAGCAGUGAGUUCUGUACAACAUCAGAUCACUUUGAGGUAGCUCACAUUCAAGAACAUGUACUACCUCUGUAUGAUCCAACCACGCUUAACUCAGCAGUGAGUUCUGUACAAUAUCAAAUCACUUUAAGGUAGCUCUCAUUCAAGAACAUGCACAACCUCUAUAUGAUCUAACCACGCUUAACUCAGCAGUGAGUUCUGUACAACAUACCUCUAUAUGAUCUAACCGUGGUUAAGUUUACUUACAUGAGUUCUGUACAACACUUAAUGUAGCUCACAUUCACAAGGUUUUAGCCAUGUACAAAUAUAUUCGUUUCAAUUUUUCAUUUAGAUCCAUUUUUACGAAGCAUUGCUUACUGGGUAACAAAGAAAUACCACAAAGCAUUGCGCACCCUGUUACUUGAACCAGGCUCCGACGCGGACGAUAUAAAAUACAACAGACUUGCGGCCUCUGGUAGUCCCGAUAUUUUUAACUUUUACGUCUAUCUACGAACUCAUCCCGUGCUACGCCGAACACAAUUCGAGAAACACACGAAGGCUGGUACGCCUAAACUUCGGCGAAAGGUCAGAAAAUAGUAAUUAUUAUUUAUUUACGCCCCAGUUACACGAUACCUGAUUCGCAUCGAAGUGAGUCAAGCGACAUCAACCACGCUUUUCGGCCUCUUACAACUUUUCCUAUUUGAAGUUUUUGACUAAUUCUGUUAUAUUAUCAUGAUUUUGAGUGCUAAACUCCCCUUGAAACUGUAAAAUUUGAUGUCGUUCCGAUGCGAAUCUGGUAUCGUGCAACUGGGGCCUAAAUGUCGACUACACUGGGUAUAGUUGCCAAGUUUACCCGAGCUAGAGGCUUACGAUACAAGUGGUCGACAACUAAGUGUUAGUUUUUGGUGAGGGAGGAAUACUGGAAGGCCCAGAGAAAUACCCACGAAACACAAGAGAGAGCCAAGCAAAAUUUACUUGUAAAACAUGCAGGAGUUUUCAAAUGGUUUCGAUGGUACAAUCGUCCAAGCAAACGCCUUUCAACGCUCUACCGAAAGUCGUGGGUUUUCUCCGGGUGCUCCGGUUUCCUGCCACAGGGAAUGUCGACCCACCCUGGGUUGGGAUUAUCCCCCUAACUGACCCUUCCACUGUAGCUGUGCUCUGUGAUGAAACAUGAGUCAUAAGGUGGCUGCAAUAGGCGCCCUUAGAAAGCCUUCGACUCGAUCAGGUUGAGCUGCGUCCUUCGUAAUUCAGCUUAGCUCUCAGCUGUAAGUAAGGAUUAUUAUAGCACACCUCACACUUAUUUAUAAAGUUGCCUAACCUGAAUAAAUCCCGUAUCCUCGACCUACAUUAGCAAGCCUACUUAGUGGUAGGGGGAGCAGGCUAAUCGCAUCUGCUACUAACAUGUGUAAUAUAAGUUUUAAUAAUUGUAUUAUAUAGGUUUUCGAACGUCAACAGAGCUUAAGUGAAGUAGUCAUGUUGACUUUACCGCUGACAGCGUUUGAACGAAGAUUGUAUUAUAUGACGGCGCAUAAUCAUUAUAAUGCUGGAUGUCCAGAUUUAUCAUUGCAAGUAUUGUUGGAUCUGCCUCCCCCGGAAAAUGAUAGCACUUCGGUAAGUAACAGGGGGGGCUUUGGUUUUUAUGGAUUUCUCAAACGUGGUGGUCCAGUGUAGGUAGUAUUCUACAAUAAACUGUCGUGGUUUGUAUCUGAACUACCUGAAAAAGAUAUUUCAAACGUGGCGGGUCCAGUGUAGGUAGUUUUCUAAAAUAAGCUGUCGUGGUUUGUGUCUGAACUACCUGAAAAAGAUAUUUCGGACGUGGUGAUCCAUUAUAGGUAGCAUUAUACAAUAAACUCCUGUUGUUUGUCUCUGAAAUACUCAAAUACGUUUCAUUUUGUUUAGAAAAAUGAUGAAUCAUUCACUGCAAGUGAAAGUGAGGAAAAUUCACAAGACAAAAAUGAAAAUAUGAUUAACACGGGAACACUAGCUAUGGACUGGAGUCGACCUGUUUCUAACAGACUUCGAAAUGAUGGUCAGAGCAGUUCAGAUUUCGAUUGGAGCCAGCCUCUCUCUACAAAACUCAGCGGAAAAGGACAGAACAGCUCUGAUUUCGAUUGGAGCCAACCUGUUUCAAGUAAGCUUACUGGCAACGAUCAAACCAGUUCCACUUUUGAUUGGUCGCAGCCUGUCUCGUCUGCCCUCAGCAGUUCUGGAAACACAAACGACGUACUUAAUGGUACUGACUCAGUCUCGCCUCGGUCUGGGUUUAAAAAUAAUUUGGUUAGCAAUCAAACCAGUUCAGGCUUUGAUUGGAGUCAAUCUGUCUCUGCAGUGUUAGGAGGCAGUGGUCUACAGGAUACUUCAAAUAAAACUGAGUGUAAUGAUCGCAGUUCAGCUAAGGACUGUGUUGUGGAUUCGAACAAUGAAAGAAAUGAUUCUGAAAAUAGUCAGAACACUUCCAUGGAACUUCACUUAAGCGAGAAUGAAAGACCGAUUGAAGACUUUAAUGCCAUCAAUUCAAGUGAAUCACAGAAUAACGACGCUAUAGCACAGAGAUUAAAAUUCAGAGCUUGCUUAAAGCUAGUGGUCGAAGAACUAUGUACGCUUCCCCACCAUUGUGAGAUCCAUAAUAAAGACUUAAGAUCCACGUUCACAGCCUGGUUAAAAAAAGAGCUAGACUUGAUACAUCGAAUUUGUGAUUUUGAACGAGAUGGGACGAAAACUGAAUCCUUGCUUCCACUGAAAGUGAGCACUCCGACCGGUGUCGAAACAGGUACAGUCUCUCUUAAAAUAGCAUGUUAAAACGGUCUUUAAACUGAACUAACUUUAUUUAUGUAAGGGCCACUCCAAAAUUGGUCCAGUGUUACUACAGGAGUAAACCUACAGCCCUAUCAGUUCUAAACUGUUCUUCCAAGAGGUGCAGUAAGGAUCACUACAAUACUGGUCCAGUGUUACUACAGGAGAAAACCUACAGCCCUAUCAGUUCUAAACUGUUCUUCCAAGAGGUGCAGUAAGGAUCACUACAAUACUGGUCCAGUGUUACUACAGGAGGAAACCUACAGCUCUAUCAGUUCUAAACUGUUCUUCCAAGAGGUGCAGUAAGGAUCACUACAAUACUGGUCCAGUGUUACUACAGGAGGAAACCUACAGCUCUAUCAGUUCUAAACUGUUCUUCCAAGAGGUGCAGUAAGGAUCACUACAAUACUGGUCCAGUGUUACUACAGGAGAAAACCAGAGUACGCGGAAGAAAGCUGUUUGGUAAUUAAUGUCAGACUUGAAUCAGACAAUCGCAUAUUGCAGGAAUCGGAAAGCGUUGACAGUGCUAUGAUUUUUGUUUUAGGAUCUGAUGAAUCUUUUAGCGAUCUAGUCGGAGAUUCUCCAAAUGAGAAAAAUAAUUUCGCCAAAAAAGUUGAGAUUUCUGCACAGCAUAUUGAAUGGUUGAAGGGAAAUCAGACAUUAUUGAACAUCUUGUUGAAUUACUGUACGCUACACGGCGCUUGUGGCGGCGAUGUGGCAAGUAAGUUGAACUGAUAUUUUGGUUUUGUAAAAUGACCUGAUUCAUAGUAGAGACGGAUCAUCCGUCUAAUCCGCGUAUUUUGCCAACGUGACUUUAUGCAUUUCUUAUCCUAAUGAUAUAUUCAUUUCUCUCUAGCAAUGAAAGUUGAACUUUUAAUUUUAAUUCAUGAGCUGGAACAGCAACGUCACCUCAUGUCACCGCUGUAUCUAACAUCCGCUGGCUCAUCAAUACCCCCAUUAAUCUUAGCGACUAUGGUAUCUACUUUCUCACUGGGUGCCAGUCCUUUCACCUAUCUCUCGUCCAUGACGCAAGAUAUAUUGAAAUACCUUACCAAGUUACCAGGCCCUCCGAACCCAGCGCAACCUCUUGAGAUGGUGUCCGUGUUACGAAGUAUGAGUGCAACUCUGUCUGCUUGUGUUUUUCAAAGUCUGGUUUGUGGACGAGACGAGAGUGACAGUAAUGAAUCUAGUAAGUGAAACUUAAUCUUUAUAAACUAACAUUUAUACUGGAUAGCUCUAGCAGUUCUAAACUGUCCUCUCUAAGAGGUCCAGUAAAGAUCAUUUCUUAUUGAUUCAGUGUUACUACAGGAGGAAAACUAAGCUAGCUUUAUUUAUACUAGAUAGCUCUACCAGUUCUUAACUGUUCUUCCUAGAGAUCCAGUUAGGAUCAUAUCUUAUUGAUCCAGUGUUACUACAGGAGGAAACCUAAACGAAACUAACGUUAUUUAUACUGGAUAGCUCUGUCAGUUCUGGACUCUUUACUAGAGGUCCAGUAAGAAUCAUCUCUUAUUGAUCCAGUGUUACUACAGGAGGAAACCUAAACGAAGGUGUUGCAGUUGAACACAAAGGGGUUACAGUUUUUUAUCAUUACAGGAGGGACCAGCCCAAUUCACGAUCGUCCGGGAAGCUCUUUCGGCGUGAGCAGUAAAAGAAGACCCACGUCAUCUCCCAACAAAUGGCCGGGUGUCCGGCUCUUACGUUCUCUUCUUAUUACUGAGGCGAAAGACAACGCAUCGAAACUCAAGGUAAGUAAAACUUGACUUCUGUUUUUAACUGGAUAGCCCUAUAAGUUCUAAACUGUUCUUCCUAGAGGUCCAGUAAGGGUCAUCUCUAAUUGAUCCAGUGUCACUUCAGGAGGAAACCUAAACUAAACUAACUUUAUUUAUACUGGAUAGCUCUAUCAGUUCUAAACUGUUCUUCCUAGAGGUCCAGUAAGAAUUAUCUCUUAUUUAUCCUGUUUACUACAGGAGGAAACAUAAACUAAACUGACUUUACUUAUAAGUUCUUUGAAUGUUUGCAUGGCGAUAAAAUAUAAUUGUUUUUGUUUGUGGAAACACCACGUAAAUUUAUUACUGCAAAAAAAUUAAAUAAAUAAAUUAAAUAAAUAAAUAAAAUUAAAUAAAAAUAAUUAUUACUUUUAUUACUUUUUUGCAGUAAUAAAUUUACGUUGUGUUUUGACUUUACUUAAUUAUACUGGAUAGCUCUAUCAGUUCUAAACUGUUCUCCUUGAAAGUCAACCAUUGCCUGUUACUGCAGGAGAAAUCCGGAGCACUAUUAAUAAGAGAGAACCAAACCGGAAAAACUCUUCUCGCAUGUAACUGAAGGAAAUUAAUCUCUUUCAGGUUCUCCUAUGUGAGAUAUGCGUAGCGAUCUAUCUCAGUCUUCUUGCAAUAGCAUGGUGCGAGAAUGACCCUAACCAACUUUACUACAUCAUCUGUAACAACCUCACCGCUGACAUGUGGGGAAUUACUUUUGGUGGUGGGCGCAUGGUGAAAGAUCAAAGACCGCUGAGUCCAGAUGACAGCAGGCGUCAAUCAACAUCACCCUCCCCCCAGGCACAGGGUAUCGACUGGGCGGCCAAGCGAAGACAGUGGAAUUUUAAACUGUUGCAAACUCCCACCAAGGUGGUGAAUAAAUCUGAGAAGAAAGCCAGUGAGAAUGAAGAGUUCCUACCACCACAGGUGUCCCUGAUGGAAUAUUUUCUACGAAAGGUUAGUAGCAAUAGGUAGUAGCUAGAUAGAGGUUAUUCAUCUAUCAUGGAAGCCCCUGUCCAUCUAUCAUGGAAGCUCGAUGUCCACUGGGCUUAGAGUUAAAAGGAUAUAAUAGAAAAUACCAAACAGAAAAUACCAAAUAGAAAAUAUCAAAUAGAAAAUACCAAAUAGAAAAUACCAAAUAGAAAAUACCAAAUAGAAAAUACCAAAUAUCAAAUAGAAAAUACCAAAUAUCAAAUAGAAAAUAUCAAAUAGAAAAUAUCAAAUAGAAAAUAUCAAAUAGAAAAUACCAAAUAGAAAAUACCAAAUAGAAAAUACCAAAUAGAAAAUACCAAAUAGAAAAUACCAAAUAGAAAAUACCAAAUAGAAAAUACCAAAUAGAAAAUAUCAAAUAGAAAAUACCAAAUAGAAAAUACCAAAUAGAAAAUACCAAAUAGAAAAUAUCAAAUAGAAAAUAUCAAAUAGAAAAUACCAAAUAGAAAAUACCAAAUAGAAAAUAUCAAAUAGAAAAUACCAAAUAGAAAAUACCAAAUAGAAAAUACCAAACAGAAAAUAUCAAAUAGAAAAUACCAAAUAGAAAAUACCAAAUAGAAAAUAUCAAAUAGAAAAUAUCAAAUAGAAAAUAUCAAAUAGAAAAUAUCAAAUAGAAAAUAUCAAAUAGAAAAUAUCAAAUAGAAAAUACCAAAUAGAAAAUAUCAAAUAGAAAAUACCAAAUAGAAAAUACCAAAUAGAAAAUAUCAAAUAGAAAAUAUCAAAUAGAAAAUAUCAAAUAGAAAAUAUCAAAUAGAAAAUAUCAAAUAGAAAAUAUCAAAUAGAAAAUACCAAAUAGAAAAUAUCAAAUAGAAAAUACCAAAUAGAAAAUACCAAAUAGAAAAUACCAAAUAGAAAAUAUCAAAUAGAAAAUAUCAAAUAGAAAAUACCAAAUAGAAAAUACCAAAUAGAAAAUAUCAAAUAGAAAAUACCAAAUAGAAAAUAUCAAAUAGAAAAUACCAAAUAGAAAAUACCAAAUAGAAAAUAUCAAAUAGAAAAUAUCAAAUAGAAAAUAUCAAAUAGAAAAUAUCAAAUAGAAAAUAUCAAAUAGAAAAUAUCAAAUAGAAAAUACCAAAUAGAAAAUAUCAAAUAGAAAAUACCAAAUAGAAAAUACCAAAUAGAAAAUAUCAAAUAGAAAAUAUCAAAUAGAAAAUAUCAAAUAGAAAAUAUCAAAUAGAAAAUAUCAAAUAGAAAAUAUCAAAUAGAAAAUACCAAAUAGAAAAUAUCAAAUAGAAAAUACCAAAUAGAAAAUAUCAAAUAAAAAAUAUUAAAUAGAAAGUAUCAAAUAGAAAAUAUCAAAUAGAAAAUAUCAAAUAGAAAAUACCAAAUAGAAAAUACCAAAUAGAAAAUACCAAAUAGAAAAUAUCACAUAGAAAAUAUCACAUAGAAAAUACCACACAGAAAGUAUCAAAUACCAAAUAGAAAAAAGUGAAUGAAAUUGUGUUUUGCAGCCUAAAGAGGACCCCAGGAAAACAUAUCACUUCGAUUCUGAAGCCUCACUCUCGUCUGACUCGGAGGAGUCUGAUGACGCAUUUGAAGAUGAAGCUGGAAGAGUGAUUGUGACGCCGAAACGAAAGAAAGUCAAGCCUCUCGAUCAUCUCGACCCGAAGUCAUUCAGUUGGAAGUUGAUGAAUUACGCUAUCAGCGCAUUGGUCUGUCAUGAUGUUAACAUAUUUCUCGCUAAUGUUGGUUUGGAGAUCUCAGGUAAGAAAUUUAAGCUUUUAAGUUGGGUGUUCUUAUGUACUUGUGGUGUGCUAUUGGGGUGGUCAUUGGUAGUCAGUUCCUGUACUUUUUACCUCCGGGACUUUAUUCCUGCAAUAUGCAGUCUCAUUCUCAUCUCAGCUCAAUCACAUCUGAGAAGAGUGCUUCUAGUUUAACUCUACCAAACACUGCGAGUCUCUCCGGUACCAACACUGAACCAAUAAGUGAUGAUCUUACUAGACCUCUUGGAAGAACAGUUUAGAGCUGACAGAGCAAUGUAAUAUAAAUAAAGUUAGUUUGGCUUUAGCCAAGUAAAAGUUCUACAGAUUUUCAUUGGUUUCAAAUUUGUUUAAUUUUUUUCCUAGAUUUGCCUACAGUGUCUCCCUUACUUCACUCAGCUGUUAAAAUGCUAGAUCACUGGAAACAAGUAUUGUUCUCAAAGUUGAAGAAAAGCGGUCCAGCUCCAGAUAACUAUAUCAGUCUUUACUCGGUUGAACAGGACGAGUUCUCGAGGGGAGGACCGACAUUAAUGAAAUAUAAAGCACUUAUUGAUCCUACUAAUACACCAUUCAGGUGAGUGUAGAACUGAUAGAGCUAUCCGAUAUAAAUAAAGUUAGUUUAGUUUAGGUUUCCUCCUGUAGUAACACUGGAUCAAUAAGAGAUGGUCUUCACUGAACCUCUAGAGAGAACAGUUUAGAACUGGUAGAGCUAUCCAGUAUAAAUGAAGUUAGUUUAGUUCAGCUUAGCAUAAGUACCUGAGACUAAUACACUCGUGUAAAUUGAUUUUUUACUACAGGUCAAUAAGUGCAACAGCAAACCCUGCAAAGAGAUUGUGGCACACGCUUGUAAUCAAAGAACAACUACAAAAAAUCUUCCUAGAUUUUGCGUUUGGUCAAAAUUCUUUCAGAGCUGACAAAUCUACAGGCGUGGUAAGUACACACAGAGCGUUGUGUUAACACUGGUGAGAUUUUAAGAAGAUGUCUACUAUUUUAUGUUUUUCAGGUGGAUGAGGUAGACAGCGGUGACGAUUCAGAAGCCAAAAUUCUUUACAAAGAUUCAGAAGCGAUCAAUUCAUUCUGCAUCAGCAAGACAGUCAUGAUGCGUGUUGUGGUCGCCACAAUGCGAGAUGUCCAGGAAAUCGAUAUUUCUAACAUGAUGGGAAUUUCUCGAACAUUUUAUGUCGAUGAGAAUGUCAGCUCUGAUCCUGAGAAUAGAAAGAGGUGUGUUGGUCGGCUGUAUAAUAAUACCCUGGGUGUUGCAUUAAUGCAUGUUCCUUUCGCGUCUGAGGUUUGCUUUCUACAACGUACAGUUGUGUGAUUAUACUUCCAUCUAGUCGCAUGUUAGAGGAGGGCUUCCAGUUUGACUCUACAAUAAGGGAUGCUUCUUACUGGACUUCCAUUGAGAACAGUCUCAAUGUAGUUAGUUUAGUUUAUAUUUCCCCCUGUAGCUUAACACACUAGUAACACUGGAUCAAUAAGAGAUGAUCCUUACAGGACCUCUAGGAAGAACAGUUUAGAACUGAUAGAGCUAUCAGUAUAAAUAAAGUUAGUUUAGUUUAGGUUUCCUCCUGUAGUAACACUAGAUCAAUAAGAGAUGAUCCUUACAGGACCUCUAGGAAGAACAGUUUAGAACUGAUAGAGCUAUCAGUAUAAAUAAUGUUAGUUUAGGUUUCCUCCUGUAGUAACACUGGAUCAAUAAGAGAUGACUAUACUGGACCAUUAGGGAAAACAGUUUAGAAAGCUAUCUAGAACUAUUUAGUACGAUUUUACUUGCUGGUGGUCUUCACCUUCAGUGCCUUCUCGAAGGUUAACAGCCAGUAUUUCUCUUUUCUUUCUCAUAGUGAUCAAGAAGAUUUUACAAUGAUCUAUAAUAGUGGUGAUCCAAGUCAACAAGCUGUCUUUGGUGGGAUGGCUGCGCAAUCUGGUGUUGGAUCCUCUGUGGUACGUUCAUUCGUGAAGUUUUAGGAAAUGUUAGGGUCAAAGCCAAAAGAAAGCCAAAGGAACAAUUUCUGAAGGCCUUUGAAUAACUGUGUCCGCCAUUCAAUACAAUAUAUAAUCAUUGUAUAUUCUCAUCAUUUGAUGUAGAUGUUCAAACGAAAUGUCUCUGGGAUAAAAAGACUGGAAGAACAUCCUAAUUUACAUUACUGUAAGUAUUCUUAUUAUGGCAGUACAGUGGGUUGUAUGUUCAUUUCUCUCGCUAGGGUUCAAUUCCAGCAAUAUUCAGUUGCCUCAGAUAAAUUCGCAUGUGAAAAGAAUGCUUCCAGUCAGACUAGACAAUGCAAGUUUUCUCCAGAUACUUCCACUUUCCUCCUGUAGUAUUUCACGAAGUCUUUCUUACUCAUUUUACUUCAAUUUUAUAUGUAUUAGAUUUAGCCGGCGGCCAUGAUGGAAGUCUGCGCAUCUGGGAGCUUGGGCACGACCAUGAAAUUGCUACGUAUCGCGAAAGCGGGAAAUAUCAACGUGUCACGAAAGUUCAUUUUAGUCCGCACGGUGGCAAGGUAAGACAACACGCGAGAAAUAGACCUUACCGAUUAUUCUCUUUUACCCAAUGGCCUCGUUUCCAUGUUAACUUAUUUUAGCAUGUCAGGGGCAGAUAAAGACUAUAUUCCCAUGUUUUCGUGGACGAAUUAGUUUCUUGCUGUUCUUAGGCUCAAUAACAAAGUAAUUUUCAACCCUACUAAGCACAGAACAUGAGUAAGUAUUUGACACGAAAACGAGGCCAUUGGGUGAAUAAUCAGUAAGGUCUAUUGUUUCACACAUAGUGAAAUUACCAUUAACUUCAGUAAACGUUGUAAAGAAUUCACAUUUUAUGGGGCCCCCCUUUUAUUGUCACUGUGAUAAAUGCUAGUUGACCACCAUCCUUUAGAAAACCCACUUUUACUAAGCUUUGUUUCAUUUAUUUUUUGUAGUUUGGUGUGAUUGACUUUGGUGGGCAACUUGCAUUGUAUCAAUGUCUAAACACAGCAAACACGACAGCUUUUACGGUAAGUGAUUGAAAUAAUUCCUGAACUGUCCUCCCUAGAGAUCCAGUAAGGACCAUCCACAAUUUGAUGUAGUGUUACUAAAGUAGGACACCUAAAACAAAUCAGUUUUAUUUAUACUGGAUAGCUCUAUUAUUUUCAAAUUUGCUGUCCCAGAGGUCCAGUAAGAACCAUCACUAACAGGUCCAGUAAGAACCAUAACUUGUUGGUCCAGUGUUACCACAGGAGGAAACAAGAGUACCAGGUGAAAACCAAUGAUGCUUGGUAGAGUCAAACUGGAAGCACUGUCCUCACAUGCGACUGACGGUGAAAUAUAAUCAACUCUCACAGAGGCACUAACCACUGUGGUAGCAACACCUUCAACGCUCUGUUCUGUUUUUCUUGUAGACUUUGAAAUGUCAUAAUAAACAAGGAAAUGACUUCGCUUUUCUUGGAUCUACCAGUCUCCUCGCAACUGCUGGCUAUUCCACUGAUGGAAAGUAAGUACACCACUGCACAUAUACCAAAACUUAAUAUGAUCCAAUGUUAAUAUAUUUCUUUAUAUUUUAGCAAUGUCUGUCUCUGGGAUACGCUACUUCCACCUUCAUCUUCGCUUGUACACGGUAACUAAAAAAAUCCGGAAACUAAACUACUCGUAAUUGUUUGUUAUUUUGUACUGUCGAUCGAUUGAAGGCGACCCCUAAUAAAUUAGCAGGGUAUUGAACUGAUUCGUUCUUGAAUAAAUCCCAUUUUAUUUGUCCAGGACAACUUUACGAACAGACUCACUGCAUCCAAUGCCAAUCUAAGUCAAAACAAUAAGUGACUGGAUGGCAUGGAGAAGAGUGGGAUUUUCAAAAGAAAAGAAUAAGAUAGUAGAACAUGCUCUUCACAUGAUUGUAAUGCUAAGUGUAACACGAAGCCCAUUCGACUGUCUGCCUAUUUAUUCCUACUCUUUUUGCUUUCAGGUUUUAACUGCCAUGAAAGUGGCUCUCCCUGUGUUGUCUAUGUUCCUGGCAAAAGACUCUUGUUAUCUGGCGGUCGCAAAGGCGAUGUCUGUAUCCUUAAAAUAUAUCACUAUUGGUGGGUUACAGCUUGCCUUGCAGGGCAACAGAUGAUGGUCCUUAUACUACAUAUGUUUCUCUAGCCUGCGUGGGUUCUCACAAGAUAAAACACACUCCGAAAAAGUAACAUCUUGUAAACUUGAACAAGACAACAAAAUUCAAGGUGAUGAUAGUUCGACUAUUUUAAAGUCAUUGUCAACUUUGAAAUAGACUCGAAAUAGCAGCUUGAAUUUUGUUGUCUUGUCUCAGCAGUUCGUAUAUUGAGUUAGAAGAUGUUAUCACAGAAUAGAGACUAUACAGAAGAUCGACUAAUUAGCCAGUGCGCUUAUGAGAGGCACUCACCCCCCUGAUAAUAUUCAAAAUGGCGGACGUUCAGGGGGGAAUGCCUACAUUUCGUGAAAUUUUCUGAUGGUAAAAGAUUUUGAUAAACUGCAGGUUGAUGGUACUUACUAAACCUACCAUGAUAGUUCCGAACUUGGUUCUAGUCACUGUCCAAGGUUUCUUAACGAUCACUCAGGUAUAUUCGACUUGCGACAACGACAGUUAAUGCAGACAUUUACUGCGCAUGACAGUGACGUCAAGAGCAUAGCAGUGGAUGAGAGUGAGGAAUUUUUUGUGACAGGAUCUGUUGAUGGCGAUAUUAAGGUGGGUCAGAACUAAACUAAGUUUAUCUGUCUCCCGAGGUCCAGUGAGUACCAUUCCUCAUUUGGUCACUACAACCCAGAGAAAACAUUUGGUGUUUCGUUACAGUCAAGCUGGAAGCACUCUUCUCACAUGUGACUGAGUUGAAAUUAUAAUCAGACAACUGCAUAUUGCAGAAAUGAAACCUCAGUUACAGAAAUGUAUGGAGCUGAUGAGCUAUCCAGUAUAAAUAAAGUUAGUUUAGUUUAGGUUUCCUCCUGUAGUAACACUGGAUCAAUAAGAGAUGAUCCUUACUGGACCUCUAGGAAGAACAGUUUAGAACUGAUAGAGCUAUCCAGUAUAAAUAAAGUUAGUUUAGUUUAGGUUUCCUCCUGUAGUAACACUGGAUCAUAAAGAGAUGAUCCUUACUGGACCUCUAGGAAGAACAGUUUAGAACUGAUAGAGCUACCCAGUAUAAAUAAAGUUAGUUUAGUUUAGGUUUCCUCCUGUAGUAACACUGGAUCAAUAAGAGAUGAUCCUUACUGAACCUCUAGGAAGAACAGUUUAGAACUGAUAGAGCUAUCCAGUAUAAAUAAAGUUAGUUUAGUUUAGGUUUCCUCCUGUAGUAACACUUGACCUCUAGGGAGAACAGUUUAGAACUGACAGAACUUCCCAGGAUAAAUAAAGUAUUUUGUUUAAAUGUAGUUUUCUGUCGUUUAGGUUUGGAAUCUUCUGGCACAUAAAGAACUUCUCUCGUACCCUGGUGAACACGGCAAGAGCAAUUAUCAACUCAUAAAGCUGGGCACUCAGGGAGUACCGCGGGUUUGCCUUCAACCUGGGGGCCAGAUGUACUCUUGCGGGGGAGAUGGGACCCUAAAAUGGCGACAGCUUCCCCUUAAAAAUCUGAUUGUAAAUUCACCAUUUUAGUAUUUGUAGGUAGAGAAUUAAUUUAAUAAAUUAAUGUAGAUUGUGUUCGCGAUAAUGCCAAAUGACCACAUUAAAAUGUUGGGGUUAAAA